AUGAACGCCCCUCAACGUAAACUUCUUACAAUCCUCACCAUAUCUGGUGCCGGUCUCUGGAUCAGCAAGGAAAUGAAACCCACCCGCAAAGAGCGCGUGACAUGGGGCGUGAACGGACAACUCGAUCAUCUCAAUGACACUGUUGAGAAGAGGAGGGGGAGGGCUGUUGGGUAUGCUGUACCACAAUCCCAGGGCGAUGGAUUGGUCUCAAGGAAAAAGUCAGAUGUGUAUGAGGGAAAGAGAGAAGUCCAGAAGAGGGGGAUCGUGGAGAAAGAUGCUUGGAGGAGUGAUUAUUUCGGUCAUGAGGAUGCGUUUUUGUGGUGGCUGACGAGGGAGUAG